UCUGACCCGAACAACUUGUUUGUAGUGAAACUGCCGGCUGUGGAAAAUGUUGAAAAUACGCAACAUUUGCAUGCUGCAACGACGCUGGAAGAGUGGCAAACGUCGCUGGAAUGUGCUGCAGCACAAGAAGAACAACUGCGAUCGGGCGUUGGACAGUUUCGAUGAUUUCUACGGCUCUGUUUAUGGCGGACGAUGGAAAAAUAUGCGUGCGGCAUUGCUAACCGAGCACAAAUAUGUUGCCAUGGUGAACAAUUUCGGUGACACGGAGCAGACAUGCAGCAUGCUAGAAAUGGACGGUGCCAUCAACAUCAAGUCACUCAUUCAGCUGGCAAGGGAGCGUCAGGAGAGUGGAGAAGUUGGUGGGGGCGAAGGCGGAGAAUUAAACCUGGCAACGCGUGCUCAUUACGACAUCGAUGGCAAGCUCGAUGCGUUGGUGAGAAAGCAAGAGGAACGCGAGGUGGCCGCCAUAUAUCCCAGCAGUGCGUCCGAGGAUGGACACGUUCCGCCACAGCAAUUGAAAUACGAUAAAGAAACUAAAAAAGAUGAGCUCGAAACUGAGACGGAGUCAACGGAGUUUAAGCAGAGUUUGACGCGUGCCUUGGAGGAGGAUGUGCAAUUGGAUGAAAGUCGCCUGGUGGAUCCACAAUUCGGCACUGGCGGCCUCUAUGAGUAUGUGCCCGCUAACAGGAUUAAGGGCAUGGAGGAUUGGGUGGCCGAAUCCGAGCAUUAUAAAUACUACCAAACUAACGUCGAUUUUCCACUCAUCAUCGAACCCGACGCCACACUUCAAUAUCCCGAGCACUUGGCCAUCUACACCUACGAGAUGGGCAACUGUGCCGAUUUCAAGCCGCCCCGCCAGUGCCUGACUGGAGUACUCUCACAUUUUCUUAUGGAUGGGGCGUCAGUGCUGCCGCCGCUAUUCCUCCAGGUGCAGCCGGGUGAACGUGUGCUAGAUGCUUGUGCAGCACCCGGUGGCAAAUCGCUGCUGAUGCUGCAAACGCUGCAUCUGGAUCAGCUCGUGUGCAACGAUGUGCAGGAGUCGCGUCUAAAUAAACUACGCCAUGUUAUGCAGGAAUAUCUGUUCGACUAUAAGCAACGCUGGGCGGGCAAACGUUUGAUCUUCAGUCAUAACGAUGCUCGGAAUUUGGAUGAGUAUGGCAGUUACGAUAAGAUACUAGUGGAUGUGCCCUGCACCACAGAUCGGCAUGUGCUCAUGCAUCAGGACAAUAACAUAUUCAAGCCGACACGUAUCAAGGAACGUCUACGCAUUCCCGAGCUGCAGGCGGGCAUAUUGGCCAAUUGUCUGCGUUUGCUCAAGCCGGGCGGCAGUCUCGUCUAUUCCACGUGCUCGUUGUCACCGGUGCAGAACGAUGGCGUCGUCCAUAUGGCGCUGCAGAAGGUCUUCACCGAUCAUGGCAUUACCACUCGCAUCAAGGAUCUGAGCCAGCACACCGCUCUCCUUGGGGAUAUCUAUAGAUUUGAGCAGCCGAAGGGCUUGAAAUAUGGUCAAAUGGUUUUACCCUAUUUGCCUGCCAACUUUGGUCCAAUGUAUUUCAGCAAAAUUAUGCGAGAUACAUGAACACUUACUAGUUAGUAAUACAAAAAUAUGAAAGUCAUUAAAGGACAUUUCAACAUUUCUUACAAAUAUAAAACUUUUAUGUUUGGCGUG